AUGCCUGAUUCACGUCCUGGGAUGAUGUUGGAAGCCCGCCUUGAGCAAGCCAGUCUGCUGAAGCGCGUCGUCGACGCCAUCAAGGACCUGGUCCAAGACUGCAACUUUGACUGCAAUGAUUCCGGCAUCGCUCUCCAGGCCAUGGACAACUCCCACGUUGCCCUGGUCUCCAUGCUGCUCCGCGCCGAAGGCUUCUCUCCUUACCGCUGCGACCGCAACAUCGCUCUCGGCAUCAACCUGAACUCCCUGACCAAGGUCCUCCGCGCCGCCCAGAAUGAAGACAUCCUGACCCUCAAGGCCGAAGACUCGCCCGACGCUGUUAACUUGAUGUUUGAGAGUGCCGAGUCCGACCGUCUUAGCGAGUAUGAUAUCAAGCUUAUGGACAUUGACCAAGAGCAUCUGGCCAUCCCCGAGACCGAAUAUGCCGCCACCGUCGAGAUGCCUGCCAUGGAGUUCCAACGCAUUUGCAGAGACCUGAACGCUCUGUCCGAAUCUGUCGUUAUUGAGGCCAGCAAGGAGGGUGUCAAGUUCUCCUGCCAGGGCGACAUUGGUAACGGCGCCGUCACCAUCCGCCAGCACACCAACGUCGACAAGCCCGAACAGAACGUUUCUAUCUCUCUUUCCGAGCCCGUCGCCCUGACUUUCUCGCUCAAGUACCUCGUCAACUUCUGCAAGGCGUCUAACCUGUCUACUUCCGUAACGCUCCACCUCUCCCAGGAGGUGCCGCUGCUUGUUGAGUACGGUCUCGGCAGUGGUCACCUGCGGUUCUACCUUGCCCCCAAGAUCGGCGACGAGGAGUAA